CAUGGCGCGCGGUGGCAGACGAACGAAUUCGCAUCAGUAACAGCGCUCCACUGAGGUCCAACGUGCUGUUCGGUGCUCAUUCAUCAGUAGCCGUAUGAAACUCGAUUCGACCGGACGCCCAACGGAAUAGAAGCUACAGAAUAGAGCAUCUCACGGGAGGUGCAACAUAGCCAAUCCUUUUGACUGCACGGACAACGUCGACUUGGUUGUCCACGACGAUGGACGUUGGUCGCGACCGUGAGUGAAUUUUCCAUCCCAUGUCGUCGCCGUGGUUGCAAUUUAGGUUAAGGUGCAAGAUAGCAACGAAUAGUGUUUGACUAGAGAGUGUGUAAUUUUGAUGAAGCAUCGCUUAGAGUGACCGUGGGAGUAGGAUUGAAAUACGCAGUGAUUUCGGUUGUGGACGCUAAUUGAAGCAAACAAGUCGAGGAAAAACUGUCGCGUUGCUUUCGAGUGAGUGGGUGUCGUUUUCCUCCUGGCCAUGAGCUGCUCAAGCGAAGGCGAUUGAUGAAUCGUUUUCCAAAGAAACUAGCUAAGCAGUGUGAAGAAGAUUCUUUGUCGCUGUCGUCUGUUUGAUACAAAGAAUCUAAGUAGGCUGCAGCUGCACUACGAGCGAUGACAAUGGAAAGGAUCAUGACUUGUGCGAGCCUACUGCGAUGGGUUCUACUGCUAGUGCUGCUUUGUGGCCAGGCACUGAUUGUCCGAGGGUUGACUCAUCACCGACACACAUCUAUCGGCGAACCAGAUGGUGACGUAUGGCGGUGGCAGAACGGAGCUUUGGCGGUCAAUGACAAUGGCCGCAUUUCGAUUGUCCCUAAAGUGGAGCACUCGCGACUGGGCCACGAUGUUACGCUGACCUACAAUCUGACGGAGAACGGUGGUGCUUUCACGGUUCGAAUCGAGCUGUGGAGGAGCUUACCAAGCCGGACCUUCAUAGAACGGCAAGGCUAUGGGAACGAAUCGAUAUUGGAAUUUUUCGACGACGAGUGCUACUAUCAGGGCUGGGUCCACGGAAGACCACGCAGUCAGGUGGCGAUGUCCACGUGCGAGGGAAAAGUUCGCGGAACCGUUUAUGACGUACAUGGGACUUACUACAUCGAUUACGACGAGACGUCAGGGGGGCAUUACUUGGAACGAAUUUAUGACACCCGGGGCAGUAAUCGAGUGAGACGAAGUCACCAUCGCCCACGGGUGAUUGGACCGUACAAUGCUAACCGCUUUUCUCGAUUUGUUGAGUUGGUUCUGGUGGUGGAUAACUCUUUGUACAGACACUUCAACUCUGAUAUUUGGAACGUACAUCGGUAUUGCACAGAUGUUGUUAAUCACGUUAAUAUGCUAUUCAACCAGUUGAACAUUUUCAUCGCUCUAACGGGGGUGGUCGUCUGGGAUCAGUACAACCACAUCCAAGUGUCCGAGCGCGCAGAAGAAACGUUGAACAACUUUCUGCAAUAUCGCCGGAAGGAAUUGCUCCGGUCGCACCCCAACGAUCACGCACAGCUUUUGACGGCAGUCAACUUUCAGGAGCAUGUCAUCGGGAAGGCCAAACUGGGUGGGAUGUGCACCAGCAAUAACUCUGGAGCGGUCAUUGUGAUUCACACGGAAAACAUCGGCAUUCAGGCGGGAACGCUGGCGCACGAGAUGGGUCAUAGUUUCAACAUGGAGCACGAUGUGGAUGCUGAAUGCGAAUGUGAGGAUAGGAAGUGCAUAAUGUCGGCAACAGUUACGGGUCGAUCCCUAAAGCACUGGAGUAGCUGUAGUGUAGAACAGUUGACGCUUGCCUUCAAUAAAGGAUUGAACCACUGCCUGAAGGAUCGACCAGAAGUGGUUUAUUCCAUGAGCUGCGGAAACGGCUUUGUAGAUGAAGGAGAGGAAUGUGAUUGUGGAUUAGAGGAGGUUUGUGAUAAUCGAUGCUGUGAUCCGCAAACAUGUCGUUUGAAAGCAGGAGCUGUCUGCGCUACUGGAGAAUGCUGCGAUUUGGAAACAUGCCAACUGAAGGUGGCUGCAAGCGUUUGCCGAGUAGCUCACGGGGAAUGUGAUCUACCGGAGUACUGUACAGGAACAUCAGAACAUUGUCCUGCAGAUGUCUACAAAAGAAAUACGGAGGUUUGUGCUGGUGGUCAAGCAUAUUGUAGCGACGGAGAUUGCAGAACGCACAAUGAUCAGUGUCGUUUGCUGUGGGGUCCCUCCGGCAAGGCGUCCGAUGAAAACUGCUACGCAAGGAAUGUCAACGGAACUAAAUAUGCUAACUGUGGGUAUGAUCGAGACAGUCAUAGUUGGAGAAAAUGCGCCGAACAGGAUGUGCUUUGUGGUCUACUAUUUUGUCAUCAGCUCAACGAAAAUCGCCUCGAAUUCGGCCUGAGAGUGUUCACUGAAGAGCACAUCGCCAGUGCUCUCAAUGGCCAUAGGGUUGUUCCUUGCCAUGCCGCUUUUAUAGAUUUAGGCACUGCAAAGCAGCCAUCGCUCGUCCCAGAUGGUGCUUCAUGUGGCGAUAACAAAAUUUGUUACCACCAGCAGUGUUGGGACAUUGAAAGCCUCAACUCUUAUGGAAUUGGGCAGCCAUGCCCCCACAACUGCCACAAUCAUGGAGUCUGCAAUAGUGAAGGAAAUUGCCAUUGUAAUGCUGGCUAUGAUCCACCGUUUUGCGAGUUUUCAGGAAAUGGCGGAUCCAUUGACAGUGGACCAGCCUCUCACUCCUCAUAUUCCGUCCUAAUUAUAACAUUGUCCGUAGCCGCCAUCAUCAUAUUUCUUCUCUUCGUGAUAUACAUCGCCCGCACCUUUUGCCGCCCGGAUCGCUGCAGAACGCCCAUUAAAAUAAGUUCGUUCCCUUCGCCGUCCCGCAGCAAGCACAAGCUGAUCUCAACUCCGUCGGCGAACUCAGCAGUAGUUCGUGACAUCUCCGCUCCGAAAUUGUGUUUCUCCACGCGGGACGUCGACGGACCGCAAUUCACUCCCAUCGCACGACUGAAGCAUCAACAGCAGGAAUCUUCACCGGCCAAGGCGAGUGCGGUCUCGGUUCGUUCAAUGGCCCAGCCAUCUGUAGGCUACGUAACGCACGUCGUAGCUCCUUUGCCGCCUCCGGCCAGUCCACGGCGCUUGCCGCGACAACCAUCAGCAGUGCAUCGGAGUUCCUAUGAACGGCGACGGCACGGAUCCGGUAGCAGUAGUCACAGUCACUACACGUGAAUCUCAUACAUUGAACUCAAUCAUAUAAUAUGUAUCGAUGUAGCUCAUGAAAGUUCCAUGAAACGGUAAUGUUUUUACAGCUUUUUGAUACUAGCAUUAUUUUAGAGAUACUACAGCCUAGGUAUAAGUGUAAGCAUCGCACGACAUAGUUAUUGGCGAAAAUAAAAUUCUAGUCAUCUUCUCGAAUCGUAAUAAAAACAAAAUUUUAAAUGCUUAUUGUCCGAUAUGCAUCCUCGCCUCGAUUAUGCAUUGUCAGCGCCGUAGUGGUUUGGCCUCUGCCAAGGGCGCCAGUCUUUGAGAGGCGCCGAAUUCAUGAAAAAUAAAAAAGUGAGAAAAAUAAAGUGGAGAGGCCAGUUACAGGGCUGUUACAAACUGAUCAAAUUUCAAUCCGCGAAAUCCGCGUCUGCAAAAUCCGCAACAGACAAAAAUAAUGGCAUUAUCACGUAGAAACCCAUUUCAA